GAGAGAGAGAGAGCUUCUUCCUGGCGGAGCUGCGGAGGAGCAGGAGCCGAGCGGGUCCGUGUGUCUGUCCGUGUGUCCGUCUCACUGCCGCCGCCGCAGUCUCUCGUCUGUCUGGGAGACACACACACACACACACCGAUAAAGAGCCUCCUCUCUCCGGCUUCCAGCGGCCAUGGAUCCAUCGGUGUCCUCCUCCUGUUGUCGCCGCUGACGGACGCGUCUCCGUCGGAUGCUCCAGUGCCCAUAGAGGAGGUGGCGGCGGCGGCGGCGGAGGAAGAAGAAGAGGAGGAGGAAGAGGAGGAGGGGGCAUCCCUGUCAUUCUGCGACUGCCAGGCUGACUCACCACUGGAGCGCCUGAACACAGGAGGACGAGGAGAAGAAGAAGAAGAAGAAGUUGUGGGAGAAAGAGGGACUGAGGAGGAAGGAAGGUGAGAAAGAAAGGAGAGGUUGGGUCGGCGGGGGGAGAGGAGGAAAAAGAACGUGAUCGUGGCCAAGACGGAGAAAGACUGAGAGACGUCACAGACUCGUACGAGCCGGCGGACGGCGAGAGAGCGAGAGAGAGAGCGGGGCGCCCGGGAGGUCGGAGGUCAGACGGACGGGUCCCGCUGCCCCCCCUCACCACACUGGGAGAACUGGGAGUGCGGGCGCCGAGGAGAAGCCACCAUGAGCGACCAGAACGUCGUCAAGGAAGGCUGGGUCCAGAAAAGAGAAAAACAAUUGCUGUCGAAUAUGAAGAUGUGAGGCAAAGAAACCGGAAACUUCCAGAGCAGCAGAGACAGCGAAUCAUGAGAGGACUUAAGGUGAGUACAUCAAGAACUGGCGGCCGCGCUACUUCCUGUUGAAGUCGGACGGCUCUUUCAUCGGCUACAAGGACAAACCCCAGGACUCGGACCUGGCCUACCCGCUCAACAACUUCUCCGUAGCAAAAUGUCAGCUGAUGAAGACGGAGCGGCCGAAGCCCAACACCUUCAUCAUUCGCUGUCUGCAGUGGACGACCGUCAUCGAGAGGACUUUUCACGUGGACACGCCCGAUGAGAGGGACGAGUGGGCCGAGGCCAUCCAGAUGGUCGCAGAGUCGCUGGCCAAGCAGGAGGAGGAGGGCAUCCUGUGCAGCCCCGCCUCCCAGAUUGAGAACGUCAACGAGGAGGAGAUGGACACCUCCAUCGGCCACUACAAACGAAAGACAAUGAACGACUUCGACUAUCUGAAGCUUCUGGGCAAAGGCACUUUUGGGAAAGUCAUUCUGGUGAGGGAGAAGGCGAGCGGCACCUACUACGCCAUGAAGAUCCUGAAGAAAGAAGUCAUCAUAGCCAAGGAUGAAGUCGCUCACACACUCACAGAAAGUAGGGUAUUAAAAAACACAAGGCAUCCGUUCCUCACUUCGCUGAAGUACUCGUUCCAGACGAAGGAUCGUCUCUGCUUUGUGAUGGAGUACGUGAACGGAGGAGAGCUGUUUUUCCACUUGUCGAGAGAAAGAGUUUUUUCGGAGGACCGCACCCGUUUCUACGGCGCCGAGAUCGUCUCUGCUCUCGACUACCUACAUUCUGCCAAGAUCGUCUACCGGGAUCUGAAGCUGGAGAACCUCAUGUUGGACAAAGACGGCCACAUCAAGAUCACCGACUUCGGCCUGUGCAAAGAGGGCAUCACCGACACCGCCACCAUGAAGACGUUCUGUGGAACGCCAGAAUACCUGGCUCCUGAGGUGCUGGAGGACAACGACUACGGCCGGGCGGUGGACUGGUGGGGUUUGGGCGUGGUGACGUACGAGAUGAUGUGCGGCCGCCUUCCGUUCUACAACCAGGACCACGAGAAGCUGUUCGAGCUCAUCCUCAUGGAGGAGAUCAAGUUCCCGCGGACGCUGUCGGCCGACGCCAAGUCGCUGCUGUCGGGGCUGCUCAUCAAGGACCCCAACAAACGACUGGGCGGCGGACCGGAUGACGCGAAGGAGAUCAUGCGACACAGUUUCUUUGGCACCGUCGACUGGCAGGACGUCUACGACAAGAAGCUGGUCCCGCCCUUCCAGCCCCAGGUCUCCUCGGAGACGGACACGCGCUACUUCGACGAGGAGUUCACAGCACAGACCAUCACCAUCACCCCGCCGGAAAAAUAUGACGAGGACGGGAUGGACGCGGCGGACAACGAGCGAAGGCCUCAUUUCCCACAGUUCUCCUACUCAGCCAGCGGGCGGGAGUGAGCGCUCCGGCCCGGGCCGGGCCAGCCGGGCCAGCAGGCGUCGCCUCCCCCCCGUUCGUGGCCAUUUUGAGGAAAACACGUAGCCAUUUUAGGAAAAAAAAAAAAGAAAAAAAAGAAAAAGAAAACCAGUCUCCCCUCUUUUUCUCCUUCGCUGCCUCCUCG